AUGCCCGGCGGCGCUCCAGGGCAGGCAGCGCGCGGCGGCAGUGCGGCGGCGCGGGGGCCAGCGGCACAGCCAGAGCACGGCAGGAGCACACAAACUCGACACAGGCGGAGCACGGUAGAUGCAGACCUCGGUGGCGCGCGCGGUAGCCCAGACAGCGGCGGUAGACCUGGACGGCGGCGGUCCUCGCUGCGGGCUCCGACGGGGAAGCUCGGCGUGGCGCAGACGGGCUCCGAGGGGCGCGGCAAGACGGCUGGGCUCCGAGUUGGGUUGACGGCAGGGCUCCGAGGCGGGAGGACGUACGGCGACCUCCGAGGCGGGGCUCUGGCCGAGGUGACGUCGGGCUCCGACGGGGCGGUCCCGGCAGCGCUCGAACUCGAGGAUGACGGCGGGGCUCCGAGUCGGGUUGACAGCGGGGCUCCGAAGCGGGAGGACGUACGGCGAGCUCAGAGGCGCGGCUCGGGCCGAGGAGACGGCGGGCUCCGACGGGGCGGUCCUGGCGGCGCUCGAACUCGACGAUGA